UUAAUUUUAUCGGAACUUGCCCAUCUCUAUUAAACUUUGUGCGCUAUUUUUGUGGAUUUGCAAUUAAAAUUUGUUUUGUCGCUUAAUUUUAAGCUUUCUUCGACACACUUAUACAAAAUAUACAGUUGACACCGUGCUUGAAACCCCUAUUUCCGUUUGGAAUAGUUUGCCUUCGAAUGCCAUAAUCUAAUUCUACCAAUUUUGGGUAAAAUGAAUACCGCUCAGAGCCCUGUUUAUCAAACCUCUGUCGAGCAGAAGCGUCAUGCUCAGGAUGUGGCCAAAAGAAAGCGGAUGGGCGCCAAUAUGCCGAAGCUACGCGAGAUGCUGCGAGAGAAGUACCGGAAGCGCAUCAUAGAAACGCGCAACAAAUGUACGGAUGACAACCGCGACAUACAAUUGUCUGAGCUGAAGGAAAUUUUGCGCUUGGAACUGAGUGAGUUUGAACACGACUUAGAACUGGAGCAGCUUGUCCUGGAUGAACUACUCUCUGAUGUGAACGAAUGGUACGCCCUUGGCGAACAGAAUGUGGAGACUUUGUACGAAGAGUCUGAGGAUGGACAGCCAAAGGAUGUCCUGUGUCCAGUUUGCCUCGUCAAACCGUUGCAGCGUGGGAAAGGUAACUACAAUUGCGAGUGUGGUGUUCAGUUUGAACACUCUGCGACUAUGGAGGAGCUGGAAGGAUUGCUGGACAAACAGAUAUCCACCCACGAGCUCCAGUGCACUCAGGCAUUGCGCUUUUUUAUUGAACCUUCCUCUGGCCAAUUGUACAACAUGUGCGGAUCUUGUGAUUACUUUUCAUCCGUUUAGUGAAAACUGCCUACCCCAGCAUCCUUCAUGAGUUUAAACUGUGAAUUUUGAAUGAAAUAUUCUAAGCUAAUAGUAAGCGUUUUGAUAGUUAAGUUUUAGAAAAGAUCUUAUUCGAAACUCUGUGAAUUCUACAAAUAUUGAUUGAGUGAAGAAUUUAUUUAAUAGUAAUAUAGCCUUGAAACGAAAAUA